AUGACGCCAAUUCAUUUAAAAAGUGACGGCUAUCUGAAUUGGAAGAACACUAUGACAAUUUCAGUGAUAUGCAAGACCUUCCUCUCACGUUAUCCAUUUGAUAGCCAGGUUUGUCCCAUGAAUUUGAUGCCACUGAAUGAAUAUGACAUCCUUCUUCAUCCAGCCGUCGAUUUUUCCACCUAUGGUAUGCAGCUGGACGCUAAUGGAGAGUGGCAGACCGUCAACGUCACGUCCUCAUUAAUUAUUAUUAAUGAGUCUUCAUCCCAAGGUGCAGUAUUCCACGUUCAUCUGUCCAGAAAGUACUUGUUCCACGUCUUGAACCUGGUUUUCCCAAUGUGUCUACUGUCUUUCCUCAACUGCCUUGUGUUCCUGGUACCGGCUAGCUCGGGGGAGAAGAUGGGCUUCCUCAUGGCCGUGUUUGUGUCCAACGCACUGUUCCUGAAUCUGAUCCACGAUUCCAUGCCUUCAACGUCCGAUACUAUUUCUUAUCUCUCUGUCUACCUCGUCGCUAUCCAAAUCCAGGGCUUUCUCGCCAUUGCAGCCACCAUCGUGGUACAGAACAUGUACUACCGCCAGAUGAGCAGGAAGGAGAGCGGUGCCAAGAUGACACAGGUUGUUCCACAGGAUUGUCUUCAGAAUACCAUUACCAGGCCUACCGCAUCCGAAACCCCUGCCGUGCAAACGGAUCGCAAACUCUGGAAGAAAAUCCAUUGCUUUAAAAACAGAACAGCUCCACUGGACAGAUAUCUGGAUGGUGUUUUCUUUGUAUGUUUCUCUACUUUCACCAUUGCAGGAAUACUGUUUCUCAUUCUUGGAUAG